AACUACUCUGAAAGUCGAGUAUGUUGAUGGGCCCCAAUUUACCCGAUUUUAUUGAAUUAUAGCACAAAAACUAUCUUUAGUGAAACAUGGGGGGUGAGGGGGCUACAUUCAUUUCAAAUUAAUCGACGUACAGAACGUACAGCUCAUUUGAUUUUGCAAUAAAUGCACAGGCACUACAACUGAUUGCUGGAUUUUACGUUUGACAUAAGAAAAGCACGGUAUUAAACAAUUUGAUAUAGCAGACCAACGACAGCAAGUUCAAACACUUUGAAACUGUUGUUAUUUUAACCAUCGGGUCAAAUCGCCUGUUAUUUACAUCCCAUACGACAUCAAUGCAGCAUGACAGAAGGAGGCAUGCGGAUUCUGAUUGGACGGCUGGCAGCAACAGAAAAACAGGUUACGCCAUAUUGUCAAUAUCUGAGAGAACGCAUCAUUUCUGCAAAAAAUGACUAAAUAGAUCACUUAAUCGAUACUAGACGCCAAGAUGGCGCACACAGGGGCGAUGGAAGAUGCAUCUAAGGGGGAUUGUUCGACGAAGCAGGGGUCGGGUAUCUGCCUGCGGAGUCGACCGUGCUCCAGCGAGAGGGACAGCCAGGUGCGGGCUGUCAAAGCCUCUCUUCAGGCGAGGUUAGGACCGUACGAGCCCGUCCUGACCUACCUGCAGUCCGUCUUAGUGUGGGAAAGACCUUUUCAGUGUGUGCUUCUGUACACAGUGGUCAACAUCGUGUUCUGGUUCUUCGCCCUGACCUCAUUGCGCCUGUUGUUCCUGCUGGCUUCUGGUCUGGCUCUGGUAAUCUGUGUCGAUACCUGGAGGAAUAAGAUCUGGCCCGAGAUUAGAGUCAAAAGAUGGUGUGAACCAGAAAAUGAAAGCUGGGGUCUGGUGCAGCCUGGGAUCCUCAGUGUGCCCGAGCUGUGCCACCACAUGGCCGAGGCCUGGGUCAGCGGCGCCGUCCUCACAUCCAGCAUGGUGAAGUACAAACAACUCAACCCCGGCAAGUUCUGCAUCAUGACCUGUGGCGUGUUCACCUGUCUGGCUGUGGUUGGGCGCUACAUUCCUGGUUUGGUGCUGUCCUACUCUGCUGUGCUUGCUACUCUCCUGGCCCCCUUGGCUGCCUACCAUCAGGUUUUUCAGCAUUUGUGCGUGAAGCUGGAGCCAGUCCUGCAGCGGCUGGACUUCAGUGUUCGCGGAUACAUGAUGUCAAAGCCCAUUGAUAAUCAGUUCCUGCGGAAGUCUAUCCGUAGCGCAGCCUCGGGUGAAGCCAGUGACAGCGAGGAGGAGUUGGCUGCUUUCUGUCCAGCGUUUGAUGAUGCUGUUGUUGCCAAGGAACUUGCAUUGACCGACUCGGAGCACUCUGACGCUGAGGUGUCCUACACUGAUAAUGGAACUUUCAACCUGUCCCGUGGCCAGACGCCCCUCACAGAGGGCUCUGAAGAUCUCGACAGACACAGUGACCCUGAGGAAUCCUUUGCUCGCGAUCUCCCAGAUUUCCCUUCCAUAAACCCAGACGCCACCCUGAUGGAUGACGAUGAUGACACCAGCAUCGGGCUGCCUAGUUUAGGUCCGUCUGGGCUGGCCAGUCCCCGUGCUUCAGCGCUGGACGUGGAGGCUCACCUGGACUCUGACCAGGAGGACCUGGACGCAGAGCUCUCCCUGAGCGGCUUGCCGCCCGCGUCCGAUUUCUCUGGCAACUUGGCCGGAAUGAUCGCCAGCAACAUGAUCCAAGCAGCGCUGGCCGGGGCCAUGCAGCCUCGACCUCCCGCUGCCCCACGCAGAGAGGGCCCACCCAGGGCCGGGGCCCACCGCAGCUACCGCAAGCAGUCCAGCUCAGAGCUGGACACAGACUUGGACGGAGAGGAUUUUGAAAUGCUGGAUCAAUCUGAACUGAAUCAGAUGGAUCCCUUUGGGGCAGGAGGGGUUAAUAGACGGGGAGAUAGCCAGGGGUCCAACUUCCUGUCCAGCCUGCUGGGUAAACCACAGUGAGGUGUGUGUGUGUGCAGCGUGUGUGAGAGAGGGAGAGAGGUGUAUAUGCGUGUGCAUUGUUAUAAGCAAUGUAUAUGUUGUGUGUGUGCGUGAGUGUGUGUGUGUGUGUGUGUGGUGUGCAAGUGUGAGUGAUAAUAGUAGGUUCCAAUAGCCCUGCUUCUGAUUGGCAUCAGUUGAUAUCACUGUGAAGUACUUUUUUGUUCUAUCUCACAUUUCAGCGUCUUUCUCCUGUGCUUUUAGUCAUAAACCACCAUCAUCCCAAAAAAAAACAGACUUUACUUUGUAGGCUGAGCAAUAGGAAACGCAACAACAACAACAACAACAAAAAUCUUGAACCUUUUAAUGAACCAGCAUUAUUGAGCCUUGUUGCGGUUUUGUGAUUACGUGCACCUGGAGGUAAUAAUAAGGGUAUUUUGUUGAUCACUAGGAAUGAAGAAGCAUAGUGGUACCCAUAAUGAUAAUGAGGUCUAGACAUACAGGGCUAUUUAACAUGGGACCAAAAUCUGACAUUCCAGCUGGUCUGUGCUGACAACUUGACACCGCCUCCAGCUGAAACAUUUGAGCAAUAUCUCUUUGGUAUUGACAUUUAGGAGCUGCAUUUGCAUUUCAUGGUCAAGUUUAUUUAGCUAUUUGGAAUAGUGGUAAUGAAGUUUGUAUUGAGCAACAUAUUUUUUCAAUCUGUUUACAAGGUGAAAAAUCAAGUGGAAACCCCGGAGUUAGGGCUGGGCAAUAUGGACACAAUUAAACAAAACAGUAUCUUUAAUCAAAUACCUCGAUAUCAAAAUGGCAACAAUAUUGUAGCAAUGAUUGCUGUUGUUUUUGUUUUUUUGUUUUUUUUUCAUGAACAGUCUUUAGUGAUGUGGAUGUGACCGAGCAGGCAGAGGCAUAUAACACAACAGCCAGAGCAGCAUUCCUUUACUUUAAUGCAGCCUUUUAAUCCAGGAAAAGACAGCACUUACACCGUAUCUCAAUAUUACAGUGUCCAAAAUCCCAGACGAUAUGUAGUCUUAUAUCAUGAUAUUGAUAUAAUGUCGGUGUAUCGCCCAGCCCUACCCGGAGUGUUCAUCUUUUCCAAAACCUUCUGUUUUCAGAGACAGCACUUCAUCAGGCUGCUGUUACAGUUUAGUGCUCUUACUGCCCUGUCAGGUAGCAUGUGGCUCUAAAGGUCUGUUCAACAUGGUGUGUUUCUCAUGUUUACAAAGAUAAUCCCACAUCUUUGAUAAACACGUGUCAGUAUUUGUUUAGAUAAAAGCUUCACUUCCUGCUUGGUGCAAUUUUUAUGUUUUCCAUUGUGUUUUUUUCAUUCUUUCUCUCCGAUGAAGGCGUCUUCAUACAUUUUUAGGAAGCGUAAAGACAGAACGUGUCAGUAUAGUCUUAAGAAACCAGACCCAGAGGAAGUUUGGAUGUUAUGAUGUUUGAUUGCAUUCAUGGAUGUGCGCCAGAUGAGGUGUGCUUCUUGUUUAUUUUAUUUUAUUUUAUUUUUUCCUGUGUGAAUCAAAAUGAGGAGCUCAAUAUCUUUAAUUUGCUUGUGCUUUCAUACCGCUCGGUGAACAUGUUGUGUCCACGAGCCGUCGCAGUGGCUGUUUGGUUUGUUCUUUCUUGUUCAGUAGCAAUAUUUGAACACAAAUUACUAUCUUUGUCCUCAUUUUCGUAUCUUGCGUAGUUAAGUCAGCCAUGCUGAUAUUUUUUCAGGGUAAAAUCAAAUAUUCUUCAGCUCAUGUACCUUUUACUGUUCUGUAGGGAAACAUGUUUACAUAAAAAAAUCUGGUAGAGACACUCAUCCUGAUAGUCUUUUUAAAAGUGUGCGCCUGUAAAGGUUUAAACCGACAAGUUGUCAUGUAUGAAAAGAAGACAGGAGCGCAGUAAACAUCCUUUUUUGUGUUGGUCAGCCUGAUUUCCCUGUGAUGGACAAACAAAACCCUCUAUUGUGUUUUUAUGUCAAAAAUUCUAAAUGGAAAUGGCACUCAGUCAUUCAGAGUUAAAUGAGCCACAGCUGGGGUUUACUGAAAUAUAUUUAUCAAACAAUCAGAAUGAGAAUGCUGGGUUUUUUAAUAGAGAAAAACAAAUUGCUCCAUUUCAUUGUGUCAUUUUGAAAAGAAAAUCAUUGCUGUGGAUGAUUUAGUACAAUAGGUAAUUGCUGGAUCCACGUUCAUGGAGAUGGACUAGGGAAAAAAAUGUAAAUUGAUGUGAAAUUGUUGGGGAUAUUUAGGUUGAAGCAGAGGAUGAGGUGGUUGGAUUUGUUCGACUCGUCUCAGCCGCCUCAGUUUUGGCAGGAAAAGCUGCUCCUCGUGGCUCCAUGAAGAGUCAGCUCCUCCAAAUGAGCGAUCUGUAGUCAGUACAAUGAUGUAAUGUGCACAGUAGUGUAUUUUCCUCUCUGUAACUGGUUUUGAUAUGUUUUGAUGUGCAAAUCUUAUUAAAUAAAAUGUUUGCAAUUAAGAUUGU